CGAAAGAAAGCGCGGAGAAAGUCCAGGACAUCAGCAGCAGGAAAAGGCAUAUGGAGGGAGACGCGCGCAGGGGGCGUGCGUCAGGGGGCGGCGAGGGGCGGGUUGCGCUAUAAAACACUUCACACCCACAACUUUUGCCUGUCGCCUGAGCUUUGGGACAGCCGCACACACAACCUCUCCGGACCCAGGCAACUUGGGAAAGCUCUCGUUGUUUUUUACGCGCAACUCGGUCACCAAAUACAGCCGACAUUCAUGGAGGAGCAGCGGACGCACGGCGGCCACUCGACGUGUCACACCUGCAGGAGGACGGAAAACUGGGGAAUGAAGGUGAGAAAGGAGACCACCUGGAGCCCGGUGCUGCGGGUGGCCGUGACUCUGGGGCUCGCGGCGAUGUGCGUCGCCCAGGGCGCUUCGGCAGAGACGCUGUGCGGAGGGGAGCUGGUGGACGCGCUGCAGUUCGUCUGCGAAGACAGAGGGUUUUACUUCAGUAGGCCGACGAGCAGGUCCAACAGCCGGCGCUCUCAGAAGGGAAUAGUGGAGGAGUGUUGCUUCCAGAGCUGCGACCUGCAGCUUCUCGAGCAGUACUGCGCCAAACCGGCCAAGUCGGAGCGAGACGUCUCGGCGACCUCUUACCAGGCCGUUCCCGUGUUACCGACAUUCAACAAGGACGGCUCCAGGAAGCACGUGGCCGUCAAGUACUCCAAAUACGAAAUGUGGCAGCGGAAGGCCGCGCAGAGGCUGCGACGGGGCGUUCCCGCCAUCCUGCGAGCCAGGAACUUCCGGAAGCAGGCCGAGAAAAUCCAGGCCCUGGAGCAGGCCGUCUUCCACAGGCCCCUGAUCACCCUGCCCAGCAAGCUCCCGCCGUCCCUACCGCCCGCAGAAAACUACAAAUGAAUCGAGGAUUGUUUGCACAGACAAGAGUUGGAGGAAAAAAAGCAUCAACUAGGGGAUUAUAGCUUUGUUUCUGACGUCAGUACUGUGGCAGUCCUCUAAAACCCUCCCUUCCCAUCUCUCUCUCACACACACACACACACACACACACACACACACACACACACACACACAGAAGACACAAAUUAUAAAGCGAGUUAACAGUUAGAGCGAAUGCAAAUUCAGGUGGAUCCUAAAAGCGAGACGAAAACGGGAAAGAGAAGGACGAAACAAGUCGGGGUCGGCAGAGCGACGAGAGGACAGUGCUGAAUGACAGCGAGCGCGACAGACUCCAUUCCACGCCACUUUCCUGAUCAACGGCAUCUCUUUUUUAGUUCAUUUUCUCAUUAGUUUGCACCUGUAACUAUAAAGAGGAAUAUCCACACUGUAAGGAUUUAAAAAAAAAAAAAAAAAAAAGAAUAAAAUUAGAUUCCUCUUCCAGCACCUUUUAAUCACAAACAAAAAAAAAGCAGCAGAGUCUGCAAAUUGCACAUUGCCACGGAUUACGUCAAAGUUCUUGUUUUUAAGUAAAGGAAAAAAAAAAAAGGCACUAUUUUUUUACGAACAAUGAAAGUGUAGCUCAAAAAAUGUCAUGGUGCUAGUUUUGGGAAUGGACUCAACGAAGAGGAGGUGGCAAACGCACGUUUUUUUUUUUCUUUUUUUUUUUCUUUUUUCUUUUCUUUGAAUAAUAAUUAAACUUUCCGUUUUAUGGAAAAUGAGACUUUUGAGAAAAAAAAAGAAAAAAAAAAGAAAAAAAUUGCUUGCUUCGGGCAGCGUGCGGAACUGGGAUGUCACUGUGUGCGGAAGGGCGGCCCGUGGGCUACGGCGCAGCGACGGCGGCGCGGAGGAGCACGAGGCCGUCGCCGUGGCGCUCGGCGGGGAACUCUGGGGAGGAAAAAAGGGACGACGUUGUACCCCUGAAACAUGGGCUCAUUUCCUGUCUGGCUCUGUGGAAACGUUCACUUGUCCCCGAGGAGUGGAAACAUGACGGACGGAGAGCGAGAACGACGCUCCUUGUCAUUUUUUUUCCUCCUCUAAAAGAUAUUUUAAGGAAAAAAGAAAAUCCUGUCAGCAUCUGGUACCAUGACAUUCCUGUUUGCAAGAUAGACUUUUUUUUGGUUAUUUUUUAUUGUCAUUGUUUUAUUGUAAUAUUAUUUUACGUUUCUAAAGAAAGGCACAAAUUUCAAGUCAAAGGGAAAAAACAGCAAUAAUGUCAACUAACCUUUUAUUUUCUAUUGUGUAUCAGUAGUAUUCACGUGCUUUUGCUUGAAAACAAAUACUUGAAUAUGUAUAAUUAGUUUCCAGGGACAUCAUGUUAUUUUCUCUUAGUCAGAGCUGUAUCUUGCAUAUUGAGCCGGCAAGCUUUUUUUUUAAAAAAAAAAAAAAAAUACAAAUAAUGGCACUGUAUAAAGGCAUUAUUUAUUUUGUUAUAAAAUAUAUAUGAAAAUUGGUCCAAAUAAUAUACUUAGCACUGAUGCACAACUG